CAACAUCAGUUAACAUUAAUCGAUUAAAGUCAGUGAGGUUUUUAUAGUUCACAUCGUUACUUAUAGACGUAUAUUGAAAUUUUGUGUGAUUGUCAAAUAUAGUUGAAAUGGCUUCUGCAGGUAAAAAGGGAAAGAAAAAGGGUACUGUUAUAUCCUUGCAAUCCUUUUUGGCUAAUGGUGAUGUACCUGUAGGUACCACGCAAGUAUCAAAAAAGGUCAGAAAUCUUGAAGGAGAAGAAAGUGACGACGGAAUAAAUGGGCUUCCAUUAGUGCUCCAGCUACCAACUGCUCCCAGAGCUAACCGUGUUUUUGAUGAUAAUUCGAUUCCUCACAACCCUCCUUAUAUUGCCUAUUUAACUAACCUCCCAUUUGAUGCCAAGGAAGAAGAUUUACAUGAAUUCUUCGGAUUAACUCCAAUAACAUCUUUGCGCUUGCCACGAGAAGAAGGUGAAACAGGUCGAGUAAGAGGAUUUGGUUAUGUUGAAUUUGAGAAUCGCGAUGAUUUAAUCAACACCCUUAGUAUGCCGGACCCAUGUAUUAAAGGUAGAAGGAUUAGAAUUGAACUAUCUAAUGAAAGCGAACAGCAAGGUUUUAGACAGAGAGGAAAUCGUCGUGGAUUCGACGGUUUUAAUAAUAGUGUAGACAAUAGGGAGUCAACGAAUUGGCGCCGCGAAAAUAGUAUAAAUGAUUCAUACGGUAGUUACGAUCGAAACCUAAGUCGGGAAAGAAUUGAUGAUUCUAAAACUAUGGGCUCUUGGAGGUCUGGAAAUCGUAUAAAUACAAAUCACUAUUUUGAGUCGAAAUUAAAAAACGACACAGAGAGAAGCUCACUAAACAAUUUUAAACGAAAUGAUACAGAACUAGAAAGGCCAAAAUUAAAUUUAAAGCCCCGCACCUUACCUCUUCCCAUUGUCAGUAAAGAAACGGACACAGAUAUUGAAAAACAUGAGGAAAAUAAUAAAGAAUCUGAAGCAGUUGGUGUUAAAUCUCAAAAAGUAUUCGGUUCUGCAAAGCCGGUUGAUACUGCUACCCGCGAAUUAGAGAUUGAGGAGCGAAUGUCAGAGGCUCGUCGGCAACACCGAUUAAAGCAAGAGGUUGAUCAAAAUCACAUAAAUGAGAAGAUUGGCGAUAUUCAUUUGGAGAAAGCAUAUAAAGAUAAUACGAACUAUACUACGAGCUGGCGCAGAAAAGAUGGACAGUUGCAAAAUAACCUUAAUAAAAGCCUGGAACAUAUAGAUAAAUUUAAUACAAAGAAGAUAGAUAACCAUGGAGAUGAUAAUAACUUAAUCAGGCAUGGUGAUUAUAUUGAACGUCUGGAUAAAAGCAACAACAUUCAACGAGAUGCAAAACAAAGAGAUGAAAGUAAAAUUAAAAAAAUUACAAAACAUGAGCGUACAAAACACCAGGAAAAUGUUAAUGAUCCAGGUUUUGGAACAUCAAACAAAUAUUCUGGCCUCGAUGACGAAGCAUCGGACUAAACGAGUUUAGCCCUAUUAUACCUUAAAUGAAUGAAAAAAUUAUGAACUUUUUAUAAUUUAAAGUAAUAAAAUGCAUUUAUGGAUGUAAUGCCACCCAUCAUAAUUGCAGAUUAGUUCUAACUCACAUUUUUAGGUCAAAAAUUUUGGUAAUGUAUUCAAAACAUAUGUAUUUACCUUAAUAUGGUACUAUUGUGUGUUACCCGGCAGUGUUAACUAAACAUACAAUUUCUUGUGCUCUUUCUGAAUAAGAUCCAGGAUAUUCAGAAAGAGCUUUGUUUUUACUUUUAAAUGCGAUUAACAUUUUUAGUAAAUCCGAAUAAAAAUUUAAAUAAAACAC